AUGGAGGACAGUCAGAAAAAAUGCCUGGAGCUGAGAGUGAGUGUCUUGCUGGUGGAACAGCCAGGAGGCAAGUGUCACUGGAUUGAAGAGUUUAUGUCAGGGAUUAAGUUUCUUAUAAGUAAUCCACCAUAUUGUUUGAAAAUAGGAAUAAUUUUAGACCAUGUCUGCGGGGAAGGUGGCGGGGAAGGGGCGGGGAGCUGCGGCCAGACACCAAGCUGCGCCAUCCCGGCCACCUGUCGGAUGGUGCUCAGCUAUGGUUCGAAGCUGUUGCUUGGGGAUUACAUCACCACUCCUGGAGGCACGCUUUUCAGCACCACCCCCGGAGGGAACAGGAUCAUCUAUGACAGGAAGUUUUUGAUGGAAUGUCGUAACUCUCCUGUGGCCAAAACACCUCCCCGGGAUCUGCCCACCAUUCCUGGGGUCACCAGCCCCCUUGGUGAUGAACCUGCUACUGUAAUGAACCCGAACCACCUACCGAACAGCCAUGAGGUUAAGGCAGGAAGCCAUGAGGAGUCACAGAUUGAGAUGGACAUUUACAGGGUCGGCCACCAGGAUUGA